AUGAAUAGCUUUAUGAAGUUGAACACUUCUUUUGACGCAAGCAAGGUCAAGGCCAAUCUACGUAUGGCCAGCACGCGUAUCGGUAUCCAAAGGAAAAAGCUUAGCAACAACCUCAAAGCCCAACGGCGUGGGAUUGCGGAGUUAUUGUCUAAUGAUAAAUACGAUAGUGCGCGCAUAAAUGUCGAGGCGUGCAUUCGGGAUGAUCUUUGUAUUGAAGGGAUGGAGGUGCUUUCCCUUUUUCUGGAUCUUCUUUCGCAGCGGGUUCAGCUUAUUGCGGAGUGGGAGGCGGGAAAGCGCGCCGGUGGUCGUCGUAGUAAUUCCACAAGUUAUCCACUCGAACUCAAGGAGGCCAUUUCCUCUGUUAUUUGGGCCUCUGUACGGGUAGCGGACAAGGCCCCUGAGCUCCAUGCCGUCCGCAAGGCAUUCGAGGCGAAGUUCGGCAAGGAGUUCAUCGACAUCAGCCUUCAGAACACCGAGUUCUCCGUCAACCCUCAGAUUAUCGAGCGCUUUAGUACGGCCGUGCCGUCCAAUGAGAAGUGUCUGAGUUAUUUAUCCGCCAUCGCCGAGGAGUUUGAUCUGGCGAGCUUUGAUGAGGCACGGCUGCGGGAUUCGACGACGCUCGUCGGCGCGGUGGCGGAGGUCGCCAAGGCGUGGGAUGGGCCGAAUAAAACCCCGUUGGGGUGUUUUCUGACCCCUUCCGGGGCCUUUAUUCCACCAUUAAACGAGCCAUACGACGCUCUCGAUCGAUGCCUCGUGCGGCUAAAGCGAAGUUAA